AUGGGUGUCAAAGAUGGUGCUGCAUAUUGUCGUCCAUCACAAGGCUUUACACACACAGUCAAGACGAUUUGCACCCGCCUUAAUGAUAAGUUUCCUGCAGGUGGUCCUCACAAUCCUGUUGUCGGUGUCGAUAUCUCGUGUUGGCUCAUAGCUGCUCCUUUAAGCACAAGCCAGCUGGUUCAACAAUUCUUUAUGGAAAGGAAGGUUCCAGUCACCCAUGUUGUCAAUUACGUUUUUAAGCAUGUUGAUCUUUUGAUAAGAAAUGGAUUUGGUGUCCUGCUAAUAUUUGAUCGAGCUUCAAAUCCAACAAAGAAGGCAACCAACAAUGAUAGGAGUUCAGUCGUAACAGAUGCCAUAGAAUGGAUCGAACGGAUGUAUUCCAAUCCCAACAAAACCAAUCUUCAAAAACUUUCCAAGCUACAACAAACUGCAGUGGAAGUGCAAAAAGAUGUCUUGCAUGAAUGA